AUGACUGGAGGUGACGGCGCUGGAGAUGGAGCCUUUUGCUUCCUCCAGCUGCCCGUCGAGCUGCAAAUUACUAUCAUCAGCCUUCUCCACGAGCGGUAUGAAAACAUCAUAGACAACACACACAAAUUCAAACCGACUUUCAACGCCGCUGCUACCUCAGCGCUGGCAGCAUUGUGUAUCGCGUCGCGUCACACCAGAAGCCUGGCCGAACCCUUGCUCUACCGUGAAUUUUGUCACCACGAGCUGUGGAUGAACACUGGACCAAAGUACUUCGACAAGCUCGCCGGCUUUGUUUGGACCCUUCACCAGCGACCAGAGCUAGGAAAGCUUCUUCAAAGAGUUCGCAUGCGCGACUACACGGCCCCUGACUGGCCGGGGUUCUCCAAGCUCAACAACCCCGGCUACCCUCACGAUCAUGACGACUUCUUGCUAGCCCCUCAGCCAUGCGCCGACAAGCUGCAAGACCUCGCCGAUCGAGUCGAUGUCAUUGCUUAUUCUCCCGUCGAUCGAGCCUGGGUGGAACAGCGAGUUCCUAUGCGCCGGUCAGCCAUCCUUCUUCAGCUUCUUCUUGUCAAGACCCCCAACUUGGAAGAGCUGUUCAUGGAAACCUUGUCUGGUAGCUGGGAUAUCUGCUCAUGGACCUUGCUACAAGAGCACGUCAUUGCGGCACGUGUCUUAUCGCCCCAUUCGGCCUUCCCUCACUUGAAGACGUUGACGGUCCACCAUGCGCUCGAGGAUGACUUCAAUUGGGGACUGCAGCUGUCAACGACUAUCAAGCGGUUCUCGGCCCAGCUUUCGGUCAUCUUAGGCAGUCGAAACGUCGAGGAGCUUUCUCUCGACCAAUGUGUUCAUGUCGGUCCGAUUCCCAUGUUCACCCACCUGACGUCAAUCAACUUAUGGUACUGUCAUCUUGCACGAAGCGACAUCAAGCGCCUCCUUUCAUCUUGCGAUGGCCUGAGAUCCUUCAGCUACGAGGCCGCAUCGUACUCGAACCGUCACGCUACGUUGAUGUACAUCACCUCUCAUCCGCAAGGCUUCAUCGACGAAUUUGACGCGCAGAUGCAAGCGACGCCGCGAGAAAUGCAAAGCGCUCUGAUGCGCCACAAGGAUACCCUAGAAGCGGUUGAAAUUCGCCAGCUACUUCUCCCGCAACGCCAUGAGGACCGCAACGGAUCUUGCCUCUCCUGGAAGUCCUUUACCAACUUGAAGCGCCUGGUUCUGAAGGGUAACGGACUGGUUCAUCCCGCGAAUGUCCGCCGGAUCACGCCCCACCCCCUCUUUCAUCUUCUCCCUGAUGAUAUCGAAGAGUUCGACCUCGAUGGGGUUUUCAACUGCGACAUCUUUGGUUUCCGGGAGUACAUCACAGCGGGAUGCUUUCACAAGCUGCAGAAGGCCACGUUUGGGUACAUGGACGAGUUGAGGCGUACCUACCAGUACCCCCACCUUGUCAAUGUGGACUCUCUGCUCGCCACUGGGGUUGCUCAGGCACUGAUAUCUAGAGGAGUCGAGGUCGAGGUCGUCCCGCCGAACAUAUUCUGGGGCGGACCUGCUGACGAGGAAUGA